AUGACUGACCUAACAGAACCUGGGCCAGUAAAACGGCCGCUCCCACUUGAUUUACAGAUGGAAGAAGAAAACAUACAAAUAAAAGUACCAAGAGUAACAGGUCCACCACCAUAUUUAGAUGAUAAGACACAAAAAUGGCUGAUUGUCGGAAUAUGUCUACAAACAAUAAUUUCUCCUGUUCUGAGAAAAUAUGCUGAUGAUGAAGUUAACAGCUUGUAUGAGUCACUGAAGUCCAGUAACUCUAUUAAUACCAAUGACAAUCGCCCAUGUAUAGAUAAAUACAGAACAAAUAAAUACAAACUUAACUUUAAAUCAAUAAACAACAACUGGGAAGUACACAAGAAUAGUUACAAUUACACGGUAACGAGCCAUGUGGAUUUGUCGAAGUUGUUCCUUCUGCCUACAUAUGCUUGUUACACUGCUAUUGAUGAGUCAUGUGACUUGACUGCACUGCUUUCUAUAGUAAUCAACAUCAACUCAUUUCCAUCAAGUGUACAGACAGAUGCUGAAAAGAUACGAUCAGACAUACGUAAUCACUGGGCACAUUGUGACUUAAGAGAAUGGACUGCUACAAAAUAUAUAGAUUCCUUCCAUUUGAUGGAACAACUUCUUAAGAACAUUGGACUAAAUACCAGAGAAGAGGGAAGCUUGAGAGAACUAAACACUUGGGCAACAUAUGAUCAAAAUGUCCUGAGUGGAACAACACUUGGUCCAGAUAUAGUGCAGAAGAACUGCAAUCUCAGUAAAUGUGUCCAGAGUUUGUGUUCUGAAACAGACAGUCAGUUUGUCAAUAGAAAAGUGCUAAAAGAAUUAUUAAAAAUAAACAACAAAUUACAACAAAGGAACAAGAUUUUAGAAGCUCUGCAUAGACUAGAAAUCAAAGGAUGGGAAGAAGACAAAACUACUUUUCUCGAAACCAGAGCAACACAUCAUAUACUGGAAUUAUUACCCUUCAAAAACUGCAUUAUUGUGACAGGAUGUUCGGGUUGUGGUAAAUCCUCAAAUAUACACCAUGCUGCACUUCACUUACGUGACAGUUAUGGAUUCGAGAUAAUUCCUGUUUUAAAAGGACCAACAGAUAUAAUUGAUUUUUAUAAUGAAGAGAAAAAACAAGUCUUUGUUGUUGAUGACAUAUAUGGAAAAGAAACACUAAACACAAGCACAUUACAAACGUGGAGCGAUCAUUUGGAAAAAACGGGGAAACUAUUUACAGAUGUAGGAUUAGAUGUUGCAGAUAAAAAAGAUGGCACUGUUUCAAAUAUGUCAAGUCCGAAAAUGCUAAUUUCUUGUAGACUGGAUAUAUAUAAAGAAUCACAGUUUCAACAUUGGUUGGAAUCAGGAUCAGUUUCACCAUGGAAGGAUGACAGACUUCAGAACAUAGUUGAAGUAUUUGGCAAGGACUUAAGCAAAGAGAAGCAUAGGAAGGAUUUAAAAUCUAGUUUUUCGAUAUUAAAUGGCACCUAUUUAAAACUGAGAGGCAAGGAGUAUAGCAUGAUACAUGAUAAAAUCCAUAAGAUGGCAGCUGUAAUCUGUGGACAAAACCUUACAGAAUGUUUUAUGAAAUAUGCUCCCCCUGAAUUUAUUCGGGAUCAUUUCAUCUUCGCAUCUCUACUGGAAGUCCAUGAAAGCGAUGAUUCAAUUGUACUAUUGGAACUCCAAGAAGAAAAAAAAUACUUUGAACGAUUGAUAUGCGACUUAAAAGACCGUGUCAUCACAAGUACAUUCCAUAAUAACCAGUUAAUUUACGAGAAAUUUAGAGAAAAGUUAAUAAACUUUUUAAGAAGCAGUGAUAAUGCAAAAACAGUAUUAAAGAAGUUUGACACACAACAUGCACAAGGCUGCCAAAUAUACGAUGGUAAUGAAAAAAUGCGGAAUACGAAAUACGAAAUACAAAAGUAUUUGAUGAACAUUUAUUAUACAACACCUUUAAUAGAAUCAGCAAUUAGGGGUUACUUUGAUAUUGUUCACUUUCUGAUUGUUGAUGUCAAAUGUAACGUGAAUUACACAGACUGUAACAACUGCUCCCCUUUACAUAAAGCAUCCGAAAGAGGACAUAGAGCUGUAGCUGAAUUAUUAUUAGAUAACAAUGCUUCUGUCAAUCACUGCAAUAGGUAUGGUGAAUCGUCAUUGUAUGUGGCCUGUGCAGGAGGACAUACAGAUACAGUAAAACUGUUACUUGAGCACAACGCUGACGUCAUAAUUGGUCUGUCUCCAUUGUAUGUAGCUUGUAAAGGAGGAAAUAAAGAUAUAGUUGAACUGUUACUAGACAAAGACGCAUCUAUCUCCCAGUGUUUUGAGUUGUGGAGGUUUCCAUUGUAUGAGGCCUGUAAAGGAGGACACACAUAUAUAGUGAAACUGUUACUACAGAAAGGGGCUAGUAUCAAUCAGUGUUUUCCGACUUAUAUGUCUCCAUUGUAUGUAGCCUGUAAAGGAGGACAUACAGAUAUAGUUGAAAUGUUACUGCAGAAAAAUAAUGAUGUCGACAAGAGUGAUGUGCUGAUGGAGGAUCCAUUUGUAUCAUAUAGGGGAGGAUUUCAGGAUACCGUAGAAAUGUUACUGCAAACCAAUGAUUAUGUCAACCAGUGUAAUGAGGAUGGAAAAUCGCCAUUAUAUGUGGCCUGUAAGGGAGGACAUAUAAAUACUGUAAAAAUAUUACUUAAGAACACUGCUAAUGUAUUUCAGUGUAAUAUGCAGAAUCAGUCUCCACUGUAUGCAGCCUGUAAAGGAGGACAUAAAGGUAUAGUAGAACUGUUAUUGAAGAAAGAUACUGGCGUUAAUCAGUGUGAUACGGGUGGAUGUUCUCUAUUGUAUGUUGCAUGUGCAAGAGGGCAUACAGAUACAGUAGAACUGUUACUGAAGAACGGUGCUGAUUUCAAUCAGUGCAAUACGCAGGAUGAGUCUCCGCUGUAUGCAGCCUGUGGAGGAGGACAUAAAGAUGCGGUAAACAUGCUACUUGAGAAGGAUGCUGAUGUCAACCAGACUGAUGCAACUGAUUGUUCCCCAUUAUAUGUGGCCUGUAGAGGAGGACAUAUACAUAUAGUACAACUGUUACUACAAAAAAAGGCUGAUGUCAAUCACUGCAAUACAAGUGGUCAAUCUCCAUUGUUUGUGGCCUGUCAAGAAUCACAUAAAGAAACAGUAGAACUGUUACUGAAGAAAGAGGAUAAUAUCAAUCAGUGUGAUUUGGAUGGUAAGUCUCCGUUGUUUGCCGCCUGUGAAGGAAGAUAUACAUGUGAGUUGGAAAGCGUACUACAGAACAACGAAGAUGUAUAUCAGUACUCUGUUAAUGCAUGUAAACUAGAAAAUAAUGAAACAGUAGAACUGUUACUGAAGAACGAGGCUAAAGUCAAUCAGUGUGAUCAGAAUGGCGAUUCUCCAUUGUUUGCUGCCUGUAGAAGAGGACAUAAAGAAACAGUAGAACUGUUACUCAAGGAAAAAGCUGAUGUUAAUCAGUGUAAUAGUGAGGGAGAAUCACCCUUACAUGCGGUUUGUUCAUAUCAUUACCACUUGCAAUCAUUUUACAGUAAAGAUCGAGUGGAACCUGUUUUAAAAAGAUACAUUGAAACUGUUAAAAUAUUACUUGCUUGGGGUGCAGAUGUCAAAAUGUUCAAUAGGAAUGGUCAGACACCACUUGAUAUUGUACGUGAAUCACAUUUUGUUGAAAUUGUAAAUCUUUUUGAGAAAAAUCUCCAGCUAAAAAAAUCACAAUUAAAGUAA